UGAGCUACCUGGUUACGAUUUGUGGCUGGCUUAUGUUGACAAUGUCCACGUUAUUCCUGGAGUGAUUGACUUGGAAAGGUUCGAGAGUGCCCUUUCGCAGGCACUCUCUAUGUACCCUUCUACAGCCGGACGAAUGCGUUGCUGUGGUGGCCGUUGGUCUAUAGAGCUGACAAACUCUGGUGUGCCGCUAGAUGUCGGCUAUGAGCGAGAAAGGCCGUUAAGCUCGGUUCUACAAAACGACUAUGUCCUACAAGAAGAUCUAUCUCCUCUUCUAAGCUGCCAUUCAGAUGGUGCUGAUAUUGUCGACAAAGAAAGGCCGUUGCUCUGUUUGAAACUUACCAUCUUCGAGGAAGAGACUUGUAUCGGUGUAUCCUGGCAUCAUGCUUUAGGGGACGCGAUUGCCACGUAUCGUUUUAUGCACACGUUUUCACAGCUCUACCAGUGCAAGUCACCCGAGUUUCCAUCCUUUACAUUCAAGAAAUACGACUUCCCGCCUCCUUCUGACGAGAUCGCUACGAAGUACCAUGACAAGAUCCGUCAUCUACAUGAUCCUUAUCCCUCCGCCGAGCUUGGAGCAGCAUUCUUCGAAGCUAACGCCGGAGUCCAGAAUCUUCAAUGGCGGUUUUCCGGUGAAGAACUCCGUAGACUGCGCGUGAUGGUCAGCGAGAGUGGAUACCAAACACUUUCUACUCAAGAUUGUCUUACCGCUUAUAUCGUCACUGUUUUCAACCUCGUCCAAGAGAAGCCUAUUCGUAUUGUUACUAAUGUGUGCAAUUAUCGGGGUGUCAGUGCUCCAUUCAUCGAAGAGAACGUUGCAGGAAACGCGUUUUCGAAUGCAAUUGCAGAUAGGCUGCCUGUAGACAUUGCAGGGAUCGCAAGCGCAAUCCACAUGUCUAUCAUCCGCACUAGAGACGCCCAGUACCUCAAAAACUAUCUGAGCGUUGCAGGUGAUCGUAUGCUCAAUCAAGCGAACUUGGGGAAGGUGUUCCUUUUCCCACCUCACGACGAUGUGAUAGUUGGCAACUCAAAUGCUUGCAUUGAUUGGUGUAACGCACACUUUGGUUUUCCAGACGGCACGAGAUUCCACACGUGUGGAUUUUCGAAGUUUUACUUGCGCUCUUUCCGAUCCAAUCCCGUCAAGGGGGCUGAUAACACUUGGCAUGCACGUGCCGGUUCUGUUGACAUUUCCAUUGGCGUCCCCAUAGUGCUAAAGGCUAGGUUGGAGGAGAUUUUUUCUCGCGGUUUUCAGUUGGAAGAGUUCCAGGAUCGUCACGCUUUCACCACUUCGCCUCAGAGCCCCCGGAUCUACACCCUUGUUCAUAGUGCCGUGUCCCAAGUGCUAAGAAAUUGGAUUGGUUGGAUAUGACAGGUGGCUUUACCAGAUGUGUGCUAGGUAUGUUUACAGAUACCCGAUGGCCACCGGCGCCUAUCAUAUUACUUGCCAUCAGAACAAUUCGUAAAUAGGUUCCCUGUACGAUCUAAGAUGUCGCCUAAUUACCUGUAGGAUACCUACAUAUGUACUACAGAGAAACAUUUGAUACCCGACCUCGGUGGUUGACACUAUCUUUAUGACGCAUGAACCGCGUGCUCAAGCAAUUACCUCAG